UUGACUUUGGGGACCAAACAUAAGAAGACAAAACUCUGUGAGAGAAAGAGUUGUAAUUAAUUAACCUUAUCCGUUUGUUCGAUUCCCAAAGCGAGAAACUUUGACGAAUUGAGUUAUGAGAGAGAGAAGAUGGAGGAGGAUCAGAAAAGGAAGCGAAACACAUCAAGAAGAAGAUCUAUCAUCAUCAAUCUCAAAGACAUUCCUCCUCUGGAUCCUUCUUCUAUCCCCCCCACACCCUCCUCUCUGAAGCCAGGAACAAUGAUGGUGCCAGGUACUGUGCCAAAGCAGAGAUACCAAGAGAUGAGGCUUGAAGAAGACAAUGUCAAGUCUUCCUUCUCUAACAUUCAGAUCGAUCCUAAUAGCACAAGAAGCGUAAGCACCACACAAGAGAAUCACCCUGUUCUCAAUCCUGUAGAAGACCCCAAAUCAAUAUCUAAAGAUGAGACUAAGAAAUGUUCAGCAAAAUCAUUGUUACACGAAAUGUGUAUUUCCAAGAGAUGGAAACCUCCUGUUUAUGAUUGCUGCAAUGUUGAUGGACCUUGUCACAUGAGAUUGUUUACAUACAAAGUUGUGGUUGAGAUUAGAGAUUCUUCAGGAAAAACUGUUUUGGAAUGUUUUGGGGAUCCCAAACACAAGAAGAAAGCUGCUGCUGAGCAUGCAGCUGAAGGAGCUCUCUGGUAUCUUGACCAUGCAAAGCCAAACCAGAAAAAAGCUGCAUCAGUAACUCAUCAUCAUCUACUCAGAUGAAGUAACCUGGGAGUUUAGUAGAGUCUUUAUACAUUUCUAACAAGGGAGGGAUGCCUAAAAGAUAUUGCUAUCUGUUAAUUUGUUUUGGUCCUCAUAUCUCAAUCCUUAUGCUAUUUUAUAAUAUUUGUAAUGUGAAAUCUUAUUAGUUUUGUAAAGACAAUAGAACAAGAAUAUCUCAAAACAAAUAAAGCAGCCAACAGCCACUGCUAGUCAGAGAAACAUUAUUUGUGUUCUUUUUGCAGUAUUUUUCUAAUGAUGAAGGUGGUGGUUUAUUUUUCAA